UCUGAGAGCGGCGUGUUGUCCUUCAUUCCCUCCUUUUGGAACCUGGCUCUGCUGGGUCAGCUGGAGAAGCUCAGCACUCUGAUCCUGGACUGCAACAACUUCACAUCUCACAUCAAGUUCCCCUACAUGCUGAGUGUCACCACAGUGUGCAUCAACAAGAACAAGAUCAACAACCUGCCCGUGUUUGUGGAGGAAAUCGGACGAAAAUUCCCCAACUUAAAAAUCCUCAGUAUGAUGAACAAUGAGGCAGCACCGAGCUAUUUUAAUGGAGGCAGUCUGACCCAGUACAAAGAUUACAGACAGUAUGUCAUUAGUCAGAUCCCUGGCCUGGAGAUCCUGGAUGACAUGGAGGUCCUGGAGAAGGAGAGAGCCCAGGCUUGAAAAACAUACCGGCUGCAGCAGAUCAGUCGCAGCAGCAGGAAGAGGAAGGAAGACUCAUCCAAGAAACACACACAAAUGAAGAAAAAGUCAAAUACUGUCAUUAGACAAUAA